UGAUCAUUCUGGGUGAAGCAUCGGUGGCGUGCACGUCGAUCUGCGCUCUCAGCUGCCUUCACCGGGACCAAGCUUGCUUUCUCACUCUUUACGCUCUCCCUCACUGAUUCCCUCAGCACCAGCCAGCCUGUACGUGACACUAACCGGGAAAUACGUCAAGUCACCGCCACUUGGAAAGAGGAUAGCUGUCCCUCUCAGCUAAGAGCAACCAGUGUUUGUGAGCACACGCCGUCACCUCGCCAGUUUCCACACUCCGUCUCGCCAAGAUGAGGGAAUGCAUCAGCGUGCACAUCGGGCAGGCCGGAAUCCAGAUGGGCAAUGCCUGCUGGGAGCUGUACUGCCUGGAGCACGGCAUCCAGCCUGACGGACACUUAGCUGAGGACGCCCCUACUGAGGAGAACAUGUACACCACCUUCUUCCAAGAGACUGGGCGAGGGAAGUACGUGCCCAGAGCGAUCUACGUUGACCUGGAGCCCACGGUAGUCGAUGUUGUCCGCUCUGGGCCUUACCGCCAGCUGUUCCACCCCGAGCAGCUGAUCAACGGCAAGGAGGACGCUGCCAACAACUACGCUCGCGGCCACUACACCAUUGGCAAGGAACAAGUGGACCUCGUGCUGGACAAGAUGCGCAAGAUGGCUGACGCCUGUUCCGGUCUUCAGGGCUUCCUCGUCUUCCACUCCUUCGGCGGCGGCACUGGUUCAGGCUUCACCUCCCUGCUGAUGGAGCGCCUCUCUGUGGACUACGGCAAGAAGAGCAAGCUGCAGUUCACGGUGUACCCCGCCCCACAGAUCUGUACUGCUGUGGUGGAGCCCUAUAACUCCAUCCUCACCACUCACACCACGCUCGAACACUCCGACUGCGCCUUCAUGGUGGACAACGAAGCUAUCUACGACAUCUGCCGCAGGAAUCUUGGUAUCGAGAGACCCUCCUACGAGAACCUGAACCGCAUGAUUGGCCAGAUCGUGUCCUCCAUCACCGCCUCCCUCAGGUUUGAUGGAGCACUCAAUGUGGAUCUGACGGAGUUCCAGACCAACUUGGUGCCCUACCCCAGGAUACACUUCCCCCUGGUCACUUACGCCCCCGUCCUCAGCGUGGAGAAGGCUUACCACGAGCAGCUGUCAGUGGCAGAGAUCACCAAUGCCUGCUUCGAACCCAACAACCAGAUGGUGAAGUGUGACCCGCGGCGAGGGAAGUACAUGGCGUGCUGUCUGUUGUACCGCGGCGACGUGGUGCCCAAGGACGUGAACUCAGCCAUCGCGGCCAUCAAGACCAAGCGCUCCAUUCAGUUCGUCGACUGGUGCCCGACUGGCUUCAAGGUCGGCAUUAACUACCAGGCCCCGACAGUGAUCCCGAAUGGAGACAUGGCGCCCACUCAGCGGGCCGUCUGUAUGAUCUCCAACACCACUGCCAUCGUGGAGGCCUGGGCGAGGCUCAACCAUAAGUUCGACCUUAUGUACUCCAAGAGAGCCUUCGUCCACUGGUACGUCGGGGAGGGCAUGGAGGAGGGUGAGUUCGCCGAGGCUCGAGAGGACCUUGCAGCACUUGAACACGACUACGAGGAGGUGGCUCUCGACUCCAACCAGGAGGAGGAGGACACCGAGUACUAGGAAUCUUCAGAAUUACGAGAACAGAGAAGAAAGAAGUGAAUGCAAGAACACAACCACGAAGAUAACGACACCAAAAACUAGGAGGGGGAAAUGAAUAAAAUCGAUAAUGAACAUCUGAAAAAAAAAAAAACACACUAAUUGGUUGAAUAUUGUGUGCGUAGUAUGCAUGUGGUGUAAAGCAUAAUGAGCGUUAGUAGUUUAGGAAUGUAUGGAGAAGAAAACCAGACAUUAUUUUAGUCUUGUUAUCCAUCUUGAGGCGAGCAAAGGGCGUGAACUUGGCGAUUUUAUAUAGUUACUUUUUUCUGGGUUGUUGUGGCAAUUACUGACUUUCAUUAUAGUUAGAGACAAUUCUUUAAAAUAACAAUCGUCACAUAAAUUAAAAUCUUAUAUGGAAAUAUACUCAAAUGAGAUUAUUAGUGUAAAUGAUGCAUAGAUUUAGUCAUCUACAACUAUUUACGUAUGUACAUCUUCUAUUCCUUAUGACAGACCCGUGUUUUGUGGUCAUUACAUUUGAGUCUCUAUGACAGUGUGCUGGAAUUGCGAAAUUGUCAACAAUGGGAAGUAACAGUAGUGAGCAUAUGACAGUAACAUACUCGUGCGUGGUUCUCUACAGCCUUUUCCAUUCAACAGUUUUUGAAUCAUGUACUUUGCUCGGCUCUAGAGAGGAAGCACGUUUUUCGAAGAGGAUGUAUGGCAUCGAGAAAUUACAUCUAAAAGGAGGAAACAGGGUAACACUACAUAACUAACUUGUUUAUAGAUUUAGCCAAAGAAAUUAUCAUGUAAUAUCACAUAAAUACCAAAGAUAUUUUCCUGUAUAGAGAUUCAUGAGGACUGAGCAAUGAGUGUUAAGCAUAUCCAAAGACUAGAGAAAUACUGACUGCAUAUUGGCACGUUAGUUUUGUUGACGAGUUCCAGUGUGAGUGGAAGUGUGUGGCUGGCGCUGGCGGUCUGCAAGUGUUCUAGUGUUCACAGCAGUUUGAAGACAAUUGACUAGAUGUAGGGAGUGCUGUGCUGAGGAUUAGUGAGUGCUGAGCUAGUGGAUACAGGAAGCAGGGUCUUGUGUGCCUCUGUUUGCCUCCUUUGGCCGCUAUCAAAUUAUCAAGGCAGGGCGCGUAGCUGCGGGUUCAUUUCUCCCACGGAACGAAGCUUUGUUUUCGAGAAUCCUUGGCCUUACCGCAGCCUCGACGGUGAUAUUGUUACUGUAAGUAUUAGAGCUUCAUUCAGUCUUUCAGGAACACACACACACACACACACACACACACACUGACAUCGCAAAUUACACUUGGAGCCCGCCAGGAUCAGCGCACUGGUUUGAUUGGAGUAAACCAAAACCAGCAAUUUAUAUUGUUAGCCUUUUUUACGAUAAUCACAUGCUUCCUAAUACUCUUAACUGCAGAUAACCAAUAAUAUUCAUUGACCAAUUAGAUGUAUAACCUGUACAUGAGUAGAGUGAGAGUAUUACAUGAGUACUUCACGGUGACAAGCUGACGGGCGUGAUGUGUUUCGAAGCGAUCGCUCCGCCAAACGCUCUCUGCUUCGUCUGCCUCAAAUAUGUGUGGUUUGAAUGGUUUGGCCACAAGUGCAGCACAGCAGUAUGACUGAUAUUCACAGUUUUACAGAUCUAAGCUUUAUUUGUCUGGCGAAAUGGUGUUAGCUUGCAAGUGGGAAGUAUUCUCCAAUAAUGUUCCUUGUUGCUGCACAAAAUCCACAGUGUCUUAUAUUAGAAUAAUUAUCCAAGUUGACAUAGGUUAAGGUCUGAAGCAUUUCCGACAUUUUUAUUAAAGAAGAAAGUUUUCUAUUUCACUUUUGUAUAUUUAUUCAAUAAAGACUGAACCACAGAAACAAUAUGAAA